CACGGCGCCCCACCGUGGCGAAGGGGCACCGCACUCUACCCGCGAGCAGUAUAAAUCGGAGCCUGCCGCUAGUCGCUUCUUCUCAGGUGAACGAAGAGUGAUCGAUCCCUCAUCUUCUCUCUUUUCCCUCUGCUCAGCUCCUGGUAGCUCUUGGCUCUUCUUCCUCAUGGGUGGCUACAGCGAGUACCUGCGGAGGGCGAAGCCAUACAUCGCCAUGAUCUCUCUCCAGUUCGGCUAUGCCGGCAUGAACAUCAUCACCAAGGUGUCGCUCACCAACGGGAUGAGCCAUUACGUGCUCGUCGUCUACCGCCACGCCUUCGCCACUCUCUCCAUCUUCCCCUUCGCGCUUUUCCUAGAGCGGAAGGUGCGGCCCGCGAUGACGAAGUGGGUGUUCUUGCAGAUAUUUGUGUUGGGACUUCUCGGGCCUGUGAUCGACCAGAACUUCUACUACGUUGGACUCAAGUUGACCUCUCCUACCUUCUCGUGCGCCAUGAGCAACAUCUUGCCGGCCAUGACCUUCGUGAUGGCCGUGUUAUGCAGGAUGGAGAAGGUGGAUCUGAAGAAGGUGAUAUACCAGGCGAAGGUGGCCGGAACGUUGGUGACUGUGGCUGGGGCGAUGUUGAUGACACUGUACAAAGGUCCCUUAUUGGAGAUGGUUUGGACAAAGCAUGUUCAUCCUCAUGCAUCCAACUCUCCAGCCGCCACUGAAUCGAGCAGCAGGGACUGGUUUCUCGGCUCCAUCUUCCUCAUCCUGGCCACCUUAGCUUGGGCUUCUCUGUUCGUCCUUCAGGCAGUAACACUGAGGCGGUACUCUGCUCAGCUGUCUCUCACGACGUGGAUAUGCUUCGUGGGGACAUUGCAAGCCAUAGCCGUCACUUUGGUCAUGGAGCACAAGCCUUCUGCUUGGACCAUAGGCUUUGAUAUGAACCUCCUUGCUGCUGCCUACGCUGGAAUUGUCACAUCUAGCGUCGCUUACUAUGUUCAAGGGCUGGUGAUAGCGAAAAGAGGGCCAGUCUUUGCAUCGGCCUUCAGUCCUCUGAUGAUGAUCAUAGUUGCCAUCAUGGGCUCUUUCAUCCUGAACGAGAAGAUCUAUCUCGGAGGUGUUCUUGGUGCGAUCCUCAUUAUUAUCGGGCUCUACUCGGUUCUCUGGGGGAAGUACAAGGAGAACAAGGAGAAGAAAGAGAGGGAGGCCAUGUCUUUGCCCGUCGCAUUAAAGGAGAGUGAAGGAUGUCAGCAUACCAACUCUGGCGAAGAAAUAAAUGGAGAUGCUAAGAGCUCCACCGCAGUCAAUGCAGGGGACACACCAGAAGCCUAAUCAUAGACCCUACCAUUUCGUGCUAAUAAGAGAGAGAGAGAGAGAGAUGAUCAAGGAAGUCAACCUUGUUUUUCUUCCACUUUUUUCCUUUUUCGGUAUGCGUGGGCUACAUGUAAGCACUGCGGGAUCGGAGAU